CCGCCCGUCCCGUAUCAUCAACGACCAGUAACGGCCAUCGAACUGUCGAAACGUGGCUGACUGUUAAAUGCGUCAUCCGGAAAUGAUGGACUUCAGAUCAGAUCAAACGUGAAGCAUACGUGAUGAUUGGGUUUUAGCUGGAUUAUGCAUCAGGUUUCAUUGAACAUUCUUGCUGCUUUUCAGUUUGUAAAUGCUACAACAUGCCACCAAAGCAGAGGAAAAUAGCUAUUAUGGGCUAUAGAUCCGUAGGUAAAUCAUCCCUUAGUAUACAAUUUGUCGAGGGACAGUUUGUAGACUCGUAUGAUCCUACAAUAGAAAAUACAUUCACAAAAAGUACACGAGUAAAUAGUCAAGAUUAUGAACUCAAGUUAGUAGAUACAGCUGGUCAGGAUGAAUAUAGUAUAUUUCCUACUCAGUAUUCGAUGGAUAUUCAUGGCUAUGUUCUGGUAUAUAGCAUAACCAGUGCAAAGAGUUUUGAGAUCGUACAAAUUAUUUAUGACAAAUUACUCGACAUUACUGGAAAACUCCAUGUUCCGAUUGUAUUAGUGGGUAAUAAAACAGACCUGUAUGUUGAUCGUAUGAUCACGACAGACCAAGGAAAACGUUUAGCAAACUCUUGGAAUGCAGCAUUUCUAGAAACUAGUGCAAAACAAAAUGAGUCUGUUGCAGAUAUUUUUCACACAUUACUAAAGGAGAUCGAGAAAGCCAAUGGGAAUGUACAAGAAAAACCGAAUUGUAUUAUUUGUUGAAUUGCUUGAAUCAGUGGCUUUAACAAAAAUGUAAAUGUGUAAAAUUGGGUAAAAAAAAAACAUUAUCGUUAUACUCUGAUACCUUUGCAA